CAGCAGAAGCGUGUGGCCUUCGUGGAAGCUGCUAAAAAUAUUAAUAAUUGCUGCUAAUCUAAUAAGAGUCCACUGGUAAGCGCCUUCGAUUGUAGAUAUAUUCUUUCAUUGCAUCCACUGGAUGCAGCGAAACGGAAUACGGCCAUACCUGGAUAAAGUGAAAUCAUCAUCGCCAGCGCUAGCUCACCUUGUCUCUGACGUACAUAGUUGUCUAACCAGUGUUUAAUCAUAGCUAAUUAGCGACAACGUCACACAAUGCCCGCGUCAACAUCUGUUAUUGCCGACUUGUGCAUAUAUCUACUGACCUGGAAUGUGGGCACCCACUCGCCAAAGGACCUGUCGCUGACAUCCAUGUUGGAGCUAAAUGGCACUACCAGCUGUCCACAGAACAAGCUGCCCGACAUUUAUGUGGUUGGCAUGCAAGAGGUGAGCACAAAUCAGGUACUGAACAUCUUUCAGGAUGAUCCCUGGGUGCUGAAAUUGGCCGGUGCGUUAAGCGAAUAUGAGUACGUUAAGGUAGAGUCGAAGCAGCUGCAGGGCAUCCUCAUUACCAUGUUCGCCCAGCACAAGCACAUACCGCACAUGAAGGACAUCGAGACAGAUGAGACGCGCACCGGUUGGGGCGGGGUGUGGGGCAAUAAAGGAGCCGUGAGCAUACGACUUAGUCUAUACGGCACGGGUGCCGUAUUUGUUUGUUCCCACUUGGCAGCACAUGAUGCCAAGCUGAAGGAACGCAUAGAGGACUACCACCAGAUUGUGGACAACCACAAGUAUCAUGUGAAAGGCUACCCCCGCAUCUUUGAUCACGACUUUGUGUUCUGGCUUGGCGACCUGAACUUCCGCUUGUCGGGCGAGAUGUCCGCCUGGGAUAUACGCAACGCUGUGGAGAAUGAAAAUUAUGAUGAGCUGCUGAAGCUAGACCAGUUGACGCUGCUCCGUGAGACGGGCAACGCGUUUAGCUUGCUGGAGGAGCAACUGCCCAAAUUUGCGCCCACUUUCAAAUUCCAUGAAGGCGGCAACGAAUACAAUCUGAAGCGACGCCCGGCUUGGUGUGACCGCAUAUUGCAUCGCGUGCAGGCGAACAGUUAUCCGUCCAUUAUACUGAGCGCCCAACAAUUGUCUUAUCAGUCGAAAAUGGACUAUACGCUCUCCGACCACAAGCCCGUGACCGCGACUUUUAGCUAUAAAAUCGAAACACACAAUUUGUCUUAUACGGAUGAGGAGCUGCAUGAGAUGACGCACGGGGCGGGCAGCACAAUGUCAAAUCCAUUUAAAGCCGAACUAGAAAGUUUUCAGUGAUAAAUCGAAUCAAGUGUUCCCG